AUGCUUUCCAAAAGGGUCCUUCUUGCUGCAGCAGCCUUCGCAGGCUGCUGCGCCCUUGCGGACCUGCCCCCGCGGGCAGCAGCGCAAGAAGCUGCUGCUGCAGAGGAGGGCUCUCCGCGUGGGUUUUACCCGUUUCUGGUGGUGCCGCUGACCAGCAGCAGCAGCAGCAGCAGCAGCAGCAGCAGCAGCAGCACGACCACCACCACCGCCAGCACCACCGCGAACGCGCGGCUGCUGCUGUGGCAGGAACAGGUGAAGGCGCAGCAGCAAAGCAGCAAAGAAAAGCUGCAAGCUUCUUACCAAGAGUUGGUGGCUCUUUGGAAAGAAGCAGCAGAAGCAGCAAAAAGGAGAUCGAGGCGGCAGCAGGAAGUUUCCAAGAUGAAUCAGCAAGACAUGCAAGACACCUGGGCUGCCUUCUCCCGCUGGCUGCAGCAGCUGCUCGCCCCGCAGCAGCACAGCAGCAGCAGCAGCAGCAGCAGCAGCAGCAGCCCGCUGCAGCAAGUCCUGCUGCAGGCCCAGCUCGCCCCUGCAGCAGACUCCCAAACUGUCGUUGUGGUCAUGGACGAGGCCCAGGCUCUCCUCGAGGCCCUCAACGCCAUGCAGCAGCAGCAGGACCAGCAGCAGCAGCAGGAACAGCAGCAGCAGCAGCAGGGACAGCAGCAGCAGCAGCAGGGCCAGCAGCAGCAGCAGCAGGGCCAGCAGCAGCAGCAGCAGGAGCAGGGCCAGCAGCAGCAGCAGGAGCAGGAGCAGCAGCAGCAGGAGCAGGGCCAGCAGCAGCAGGAGCAGCCCGCUGUUCCCGAGGAGCCCGAGCAGCAGCAGCAGCAGCAGGAGCAGCAGCAGCAGCAGGAGCAGCAGCAGCAGCAGGGCGCAGCUGAGGAGACGCCUGCUGUUGCGCCCCGUGAGGAGCUGGUGAGCAGCAGCGAAGCUGUCACUCUGGAGAUCCCAGUUGCUGCUGAGGAAGCAGAGCCGGAGCCUGCUGCUGCUGCUGCUGCUGCUGCUGCAGCAGCAGAAGAGGAAGCAGCAGCAGAGGAGCCCGCCGAGGCGGAGGCGCCCGCAGCCGCUGCUGCCGGCGAGGCCGCUGCAGCAGCAGCAGCAGCAGCAGCCCCCGAGGACGCGGAGGCCGCUGCUGCUGCUGCUGCUGCUGCUGCUGCUGCAGCAGCAACAGCAACAGCGCUGAACGAAAUCGAAACCAGCGACAGCAACACUGCGCAGCUUUCUGCUGAAGUCCUCGACUCGCUGCAGCGAGCUGACGCAAUGUAUGGAGAUCUUUAUGCAGCAAUUGAAGCAGCAGCAGCAGCAGCAAGUGAAGCAGCAGUUGCAGCAACUGCUGCUGCUGCUCGCAGCUCGCUGCGGGGCGCGGGGGCCCCCGGGGCCCCCGGGGCCCCCGGCUGCAGCAGCCCCGCGCAGCAGCUGCAGCAGCAGCUGCAGCAGCUCGAGCUGGACUUUGCUGCCAGCAACGCAGCCAGCGCUUCCUCCCUUGCUGCAGUGGAGAUCGCGGGGCUGCAGCAGCAGCAGCAGCAGCAGCAGCAGCAGCAGCAGCAGCAGCAGCACAGGCCCUGGCUCGAACAAGAAAGACAAAAAGUCCUCAAAGAGUGGCUGCUGCUCAUCAACAGCUACGAAGUCAAACUCUCUAUUGUUGCCAAAGCAGCAGCAGACUUGGGCAUUCCAACUAAACCCAAACCCCCCACGGGGGCCCCCGAGGGGCCCCACGGGGGGCCCCCCGAGGGGCCCCACGGGGGGCCCCCCGAGGGGCCCCACGGGGGGGCCCCCGAGGGGCCCCACGGGGGGGCCCCCGAGGGGCCCCAUGGGGGGGCCCCCACGAGGCCUCCCACGGAGCCGGAGGGGCCCCCCAGCGAGCCGGGCGUGAAGCCGCUGCCGCUGCCGCUGCAGCAGCAGCAGCAGCAGCAGCAGCUGCAGCAGCAGCAGCAGCAGCUGGAGCAGCAGCGGCUGCAGCAGCAGCUGCAGCUGCUCAUGCAGCAGCAGCUUCCCAUCCGAGCAGCAGCAGCAGCAGCAGCAAACGCGAAGCAAGAAGAACUCAUCCCUUUGCCGCUGCAGCUGACUAUUUCUCCCAAGCCAAUUCAGCUGCCCUUCAGCCUUCCCUACUACUUCUACCCCAAAAACUAA